GAAUUGAGGCUCGUGCUUUGAAGGCUCCCACAUUCCCAGCCGUACAGCAGGAGGACAGAGCUCAGAGGGAGACGGGGACAGAGGAGUCUGGCGCAGCUCUGCCUCAUUGUCCAUUUCACCGCGACUACAAUUAGAAGCAGGGGAGACUUCGCAUUUUUUUCUGAGAAAUACAGCGCUUCUUCUUCUUUCCAUCUCCUAAAGUCUCUCCCCGAGAGCGGCUGAGAAACGGAAUUACACUUGUUCUUCCCCACAAGAAGUGACACGGAGACUGUUUCAUAAGCAGCGUGUUUAUCUGGAGGGAAACUAGUUCACCCGCAGCUCCGGCAGCGUCUUGUUUGUGGAGCGGAAUUUGCGGCUGUCUGUCUGUCUGAGGAAUACAAUCCCCCUCGAUUGAAGUUACUCUGGAAGUUGCGCAGUGACGGGAAAACAUGGGAAUGUGCACCUAUGUGGCGCUGCCUGGGAAAAGGCUCGUCGUCCUCGGACUUAAAUUGUUAUUGCUUGUACCUGCAGGAGUUCCGGCCAGGAGCGGAGACUCGGUGGUGAAGGACAACAUCACCGUCAGACAGGGCGACAGCGCCGUCUUAAAAUGUAAUGUGGACAGUAAAGUCUCACGAGUGGCUUGGCUCAAUCGCACCACGAUUCUAUUUGCGGGCAAUGAGAAGUGGUCUCUGGAUCCUCGUGUCAUGAUGGAAAACACUGCAGCCACAGAGUACAGCAUCAAAAUCCAGAAUGUUGAUGUACACGAUGAGGGGCCCUACGUCUGCUCGAUCCUGACAAAUAAGAAACCAAAAUCCACAAAAGUGCAUCUUAUUGUUCAAGUACCUGCCAGGAUCACUAAUAUAUCGAAGGACAUCACAGUGAAUGAGGGCAGCAACGUCAAUCUUAUGUGCCUGGCAGUCGGUCGACCUGAGGCCAACAUCAUAUGGAAGCAUCAUUCAGCGAGGGGCACCUAUAAAUUUGUGACGGAGGGGGAACAUCUGGAGCUGACAGGCGUCACCAAAGAGCAGUCAGGAUCAUAUGAAUGCGUGGCCUCUAAUGACAUCUCAAACCCUGAUGUCAGAACAGUGCAAGUCACUGUAAACUACCCUCCCUUAAUUUCAAAGGCAAGGAGUACGGGUACUCCAGUUGGUCAAAAGGGAGUGCUGCAGUGCGAAGCCUCCGCGGUCCCAAGGGCAGAUUUUGAGUGGUACAAAGAAGACCGCAGACUCCUCAAUGGACUAAAUGGGGUUAAGAUCGAGAAUCAAGGUAAACAGUCGCUGCUCAUCUUUUUUAAUGUCUCCGAAGAAGACUAUGGGAAUUACACUUGCGUUGCCAUGAACACGAUGGGAAUCACCAAUGCCAGUAUAAUCCUGUACGGUCCAGGUGCAAUACAUGAUGUGAAUGGGACAGCACCGUUUCCCCGUAGUUCCUUAUGCCUCCUGCUGACUGUAAUCGCACUCUGCCUGCUCAAGUUCUGAUGCAAACUGUGGUCCUCUUCUCGCUUCUCUCAGCAUUGUACAGCAAGAACUGACUACUAGUCAUAUAAGACGGAUGGGAAACUAAGAAUGCCACUGGUUCACUCUUUGUUUUCUUUCUAUUUUCCUUUUGGCUUCGCAUCAGAGUCUGUUCUCUGUUGGCUUGCCAAGAGUGAGAGGCGUUAGCCUGAAGAAGGAAAACAUUUUUAACCAUGCACUAAUAUGAUGGUAGAAUGAUAAAAUUUGUGUCCCCUGAGCUUUUUGUAUGUGAAAAGGGAAAAGGAAAAAAAUAUGUGUAUCUGUUGAUAGUUGACUGUUUAUUGCCCAAUAUUGAAGUGUAAAUUCAAAUUAUUACUAUUAUUGUGUCACAUUCUUGUUCAAUAUCUGUAUAAUAUCAGUUAAGCUUUUUUUUAAGUAAAUGACAAAAAACGAAAUAAUGCAAUGUGAUUGUGGAAUUUUACUGUAUUUUUACAGUUGUAUGCAAAACAGAAUUACUGGUCAGCAGUUCAGAAAUAUAAAGAAUACCUAAUUUCUCAGGCAAUGUCCUAUAGCAUAGUGCAUCCAAAUUUUUUAUCUUCAUCAUAGUGUGUGGAGACAAAUGUCUCCUGCAUUCACGUAUCAAACUGCAUCUUUGAAUCGCCUCAUCACAGUGUCACAGUCUAAAACCAGAUUUUCAGACUCAUUCAAGUGAAGUAUACUUUAAGACUAUAGCACGAGUGUUGAGACCCUUUUUUUUCUCGACAGUCACAAGCUGCUUCUGGACUGGCGUGACAUGUUUAAUAGUACUGAUGGGAUCUGAAAUGUGGUAGUGGAUAUUUUAAUUUGCAACUUUGUACUCAACUUACUUCUCAUUAACCACUCUAGUUAAAAAUAAGUAGUUUUAACUUUUUAAAAAAGUUCUUUUUUAAUUAGAAGGCUUUGGUUUCAUGCUGCAAGGAGUAAAAUGUAAUCUAGUGGUAAAUGAUUAAGUUUUACACAAAAUUUAUAAGGCUAAAUUUACAUUUAAAAUUCACAUUUAAUCUGGAGCCUUUCAGGCAGCGUCAGUGGUGCUCCCAGUUUUCUUCCUUUUGAGAAGUAGAGCUUUAUGCAGACUUUCUAUUUAAAGUUUGUUGGUUAGGGCUCAGCUGUAGUGGGCGCUGUGGGGCAGCUGUUCGAGUGAUAGCAGAAACAGAAUGGAGCAGGUGCCUCCACUCUGCUUAUCACCCUCUCAUUUAAAAACCACAGCAGCAGGAACCAGAGGGUAACCAGAUCCCAAAGCUGCUAUGCUUUACCUGCACAUUUCCAUAAGCUCUAAAAAGGGUCUUGUUAAUAAACAGAUUUGGAUAAACUUAUUAUGUCCUGCUGGCUAAGCAACCCUUAAUAGCAGUCGUUGGCAGCUGAAUUCUGCUGCAGAAUUGUACAGCAAGUGACUUUAUUUUUCACACGUGUUGUUUUCUUUCUUUCCUUUUGUUGUUGAUGUGCAACUAGAAAAUACAUGGUCGAGUGCUAAAUAUUGUUUGUAAAAUUUGAAUUAUUUCUCAAUUCCAUACACUCCCAAACCAUUAUGAACCUCUGUGUCAAUUUUGUUCUCAAAGCAUGUAAGAAAGUACGUUUUUCUGUUGACAAAGCCAUUCCUUUUAACACAUAUACAACUUUUGUUGACUUGCUAUGUGACGUUGAACAGUGUCAUCAUAAAUCUUUCCUGUCACCCUUUUUACUGUUACCCUUUACUUUACUUGACCCUUACUAUGUGUAUG